GCAGGCUGUCCCUGCUGCGGGCCGUGCGGCGCUGCUGGGGCACGCUCGCAGCAUGGCCGUGGCCGGGGAGCUGCCGCCCAUCGCCCCGGCGCUGCCCGCCGCUGCCAUCCCCUCCUUCGCCGUGGCCCGCGGUCUGGUGGGACGCCGCUACUCGUGCCUGGUGGUGGCGCCGCGCCGCAGGCAUAUCGCGCUGCCGCCGCGCUACCUGGGCCGCAAGCGCACCGGCAUCCGCGCCCAGCUCGACGGCGAGCUCCUGCGCUACUCGGAGAGCCUUCAGGGUGUGCCGGUGGCUUAUGGCAACAUCAGAGUGGUCGGUGAGCUCGGGGACAUUUACGAUGACCAGGGAUUCAUCCACCUCAACAUCGAGGCAGACUUUGUCAUCUUCAGCCCCAAGAAAGGGAAGAAACUGGUGGGUGUAAUCAAUAAAGUGGCUCCUAGUCACAUUGGCUGCCUGAUACAUGGAUGCUUCAAUGCUUCUAUCCCUAAACCUGAACAUAUGUCAUUUGCACAGUGGAAAGAGCUGGGGUUAAAAAUAGGGGAUGAACUGAAAUUUCAAGUGCUGCACUUGGAUUCUGAUGCAGCUGGAGUGUUCUUCAUUCGAGGAGGACUCCUUAAAAGCAGCAUGAAGCCCAAACAAUCUGAGAUUAUCACUGGCGAUACAAAUGGAGGUGAAAUUCAAAAGCCUGACCACCAGGAGAAUGGGUUGCAUAACUCUGAGGGAGAUAAUGUCACAGAGGAGCCUCUAGAUGAGAUGAGUGACACUGGGAGGGAAAAUGCAGAACAGCCAAGUGUUGAUGCUGUUGCAGAAUUAUGUGAUGAUAAAAACAAGAAGAAGAAGAAAAAGAAAAAGCAUAAGCAAGAAGAGCAGGAGCAUGUGUUGCCUACCAGUGACUCCAGUGGUUACCAAAAUGACCAUGAAAAGUCAAAGAAAAAGCAUAAGCAAGAAGAGCAGGAGCACGUGUUGCCUACCAGUGACUCCAGUGGUUACCAAAAUGGCCAUGAAAAGUCAAACAAAAAGCAUAAGCAAGAAGAGCAGGAGCAUGUGUUGCCUACCAGUGACUCCAGUGGUUACCAAAAUGGCCAUGAAAAGUCAAAGAAAAAGAAAAAGCAUAAGCAAGAAGAGCAGGAGCACGUGUUGCCUACCAGUGACUCCAGUGGUCACCAAAAUGGCCAUGAAAAGUCAAAGAAAAAGAAAAGAAAACAUUGUGAUGAGAUUGAAGAAAGUGAAUUAUCUCAGCUGUCAGAAGAGCCCAGCGCCAAAAGGAAAAGAGACUAAAGUCUGAAGUGCCUUUCCUGGAUAAAAGUGAAGACAUUUUCAAUAAGCUUCUAAUAAAAUCCUCUUUUUAAAAGG